GCUGUGGAUCUGCGCAGAGUGAACGCACCCACAUCUGACGCAGUUUUUAAUGACAGGAGGCUUUAGGAUCCCCACCCACUGACCCUUCCUACUUCUUCCCGAUCCAAAAACUCUUACACAAGUCAUUCCGCUGUUUAAAGACUUUGCCAGGUUUACACGAUCACAAUUAAAGAUGAGUUAUCCAGGUUAUCCCCCUCAGGCUGGUGGUUAUCCCCCUCAGGGUGGUGGUUAUCCUCCUCAGGCUGGUGGUUAUCCCCCUCAGGCCGGUGGUUAUCCCCCUCAGCCUGGCGGCUACCCUCCACAGGAUGGUGGAUAUCCUCCGCAGCAAGGAAUGUAUCCUCAAGCAGGCGGGUAUCCUCCUCAAGCAGGAGGCUAUCCUCCUCAGGCAGGGGGAUACCCGUCCCAACCAGGUGCUUUCCCAGGCCAGCCAGGAAUCUUUCCUCCCCUUCCUUCAGGUGGAUGGGGAGCUCCUACUGGUCCUGGAAUGCCUGGGUUUAAUCCAAGCAGCAUGCCUGCAAUGCCAGGAGGAGCCAUGCCUCAGGCACCAGGGAUGGGAUAUCCAGGAGGGCCAGCUCCAGGCCAGCCCAUGCCAGGCUACCCACAAGCCCCAUCACCUAAUCCAUCCAUGCCAGGCUACCAACAAGCCCCAGCAACCAACCCAUCCAUGCCAGGCUUCUCACAAGCCCCAGCAACCAACCCAUCCAUGCCUAGCUACCCGCAAGGUCCGACUCCAACUCCAAUGCCUAACUACCCAAAUCCACCUGCUGCCAAUCCGUCCAUGCCCAGUUAUGGAGGAGGAGGAGCUCCUGUAGUUAUUCCUGCUAUAAAUCGUGGAUUCAGAGGAACCAUCGCAGAUUGUCCUGGAGCUGACCCAUUAAAAGAUGCAGAGGUUCUUAGGAAAGCCAUGAAGGGCUUUGGUACUGAUGAGCAGGCCAUAAUUAACCUUCUUGGAAGUCGUUCUAACAGGCAGCGUGUCCCUCUGCUGAUUUCAUAUAAGACUUCUUAUGGCAAGGACCUAAUUAAGGAUUUGAAGUCUGAGCUUUCCGGGAACUUUGAGAAAUUGGUUUUGGCCAUGCUGAAGACUCCUGCUCAGUUUGAUGCAUCUGAGCUGCGAGAAGCCAUCAAGGGAGCCGGCACUGACGAGGCUUGUUUGAUUGAGAUCCUGUCCUCUCGCACCAAUGCACAGAUAAGAGAAAUCAAUCAAAUCUACAAAGCUGAAAACAAGAAAUCACUGGAGGAUGCAAUUAGUGGAGAUACAUCAGGACACUUUCGCAGGCUCCUCAUCUCUCUUGCUCAGGGCAAUCGUGAUGAGACAGAGACUGUGGAUAUAUCAUUAGCCAAACAAGAUGCUCAGACUCUGUACCAGGCUGGGGAAAAUAAACUGGGCACAGAUGAGUCCAAGUUUAAUGCCAUCCUGUGUGCUCGAAGCAAACCUCACCUUAGAGCAGUGUUUCAGGAGUACCAGCACAUGUGUGGCCGAGACCUUCAGAAGAGUAUUGAGAGGGAGAUGUCUGGAGAUCUGGAGAGUGGCAUGCUGGCUGUUGUGAAGUGCAUUAAGGACACACCAGCCUACUUUGCUGAGAGACUCCACAAAGCCAUGAAGGGACUGGGAACCAAAGACCGCACCCUGAUCCGCAUCAUGGUGUCUCGCUCGGAGAUGGACAUGUUGGACAUCCGCCAGGCGUACCUGAAGAUGUAUGGCAAGUCUCUCUACACUGACAUUUCUGGAGACACUUCUGGGGAUUACAAGAAAUUGCUGUUGAAGCUUUGUGGUGGAAGUGAUUAAGAAGAUGCUGCAGUGUUUGUCACAUUUAAAGAAGAUGAAAAAACUGGUGCCAUACAUUGUUCAUACAAAAUAUAUUGCCAAAAGAAUAUCUACAAUUGCAUGUUAUUGCCACAAAUAUGUAAUUAAACUAACGGUGUAAUGUCGUGUACAACCUUCUCUGUGCUGAAUUUUAUAUAAAUCUUUAUUUUAUAUAAGCCAGCCUAUUUUUUUCUUUACUAUUGCCUUUAUGCUGGGUAUGUUAUACAUCAGUUAAAAUAUUAUAGAUCUUUAAAAAAAAAAAAAAAGCACUGUUAUUGAGUCAUGUCUCCCCCCCCUUGCCAUGUUUUUCAUUUUUGAUACACCAAUAUAAAGGGGCGGAUGCCCUGUACUGGGAAUAUGUCUUUUAAUUGAAAUCUAGUAUAUAUCUGGAGAAUCUGUGUCAUGUCAAUCAAUAUUACCUGCUUUUCUGGCAUACAGUCUCAGUACACUGUUUAGGAAAACAUCUGAGCUAAUCAAACGAGUCAAGCCAAGUUGAAUCUGAUUCAAUAUCAGUGUUGUCUACUGAUAUCGGCUGUGAUAUUGACAAACCAUUUCAGAUAGGCGUAUCCCUAUUAAAUAAUUUAUCGUAUAAUAUCAGUUAUAUUCUCAGGAUUAUAUAACUCAAGAUUUUAAAUUCUGUCUGUAAACAUGUUCAGGAAUCAGGAAUUGCAGAAACAGCACUGAUAAUAGCGCCUGCUGUGACCUACUGUAUGGUCACCCCAGUUCCAGUAGCUGCUUCAUGCUGUACUCUGGGACUGAAAUGUCAAAUGUCCAUGGUAAAGUGGAAUUGCAUGUUUUAGGCUUACAGUAAUAGAAAAAUGGGAAUGUGAUAUCCUGCAUUUUGUGCUUAAUUUGUUUACUUGGUUCAUGUAUUGCUUUUGUUAUACACUCCACUGUUAUGUACUGCUGAAAAAUGAAAAAUAAAAUCGUGCUUAUAUGA